ACAACAUUCCUUAUUCCUUAUCCUACUUGAUCACUUUCACGUAGAAGAAGAAUGCAGUAUCAAUCAGCAUGGAACUCAGCUGCUGCUGCGGCGGCGGAGGCGUGGGGAGUGGCUGCGGCGACGAGAGGUGACCCACUGGAGAGGGUGGAGAGGUUGGCGGCGGAGAACGCUGUGGUGAUAUUCAGCAUAAGUAGCUGUUGCAUGUGCCAUGCAGUGAAGCGUCUCUUCUGUGGGAUGGGAGUGUCACCGGCUGUGCAUGAGCUUGAUGAGGAUCCACGUGGCAAAGAGAUGGAGUAUGCUCUGGCGAGGUUGCUCGGCGGCGGGCCUGCAGUUCCGGCGGUGUUUAUUGGAGGGAAACUCAUCGGUGCAAUGGACCGUGUGAUGGCUUCUCACAUUAAUGGUACAUUGGUUCCACUUCUGAAGGAGGCUGGAGCUCUUUGGCUUUGAAGAUGGUGCAUGACCUCUCUUGUUCUUCUAACUUUGUUGUUUACUACUCUUAUACAUGAGGAUUUAGAGAGUUAAAAAAAAUAUAUAUAUAUAUAUUUUAAGAGUGAGAAAAUUAAGGGAUACACGUACUGUUUAGAAAAGGAGAGGGAGAGGGAGGGGGUUGUUUUUAUACUUCCUCCGUUUUGGGAUUGUUUGAGAGUUCUUUUUCUUUUGUUUAACUGGGUGGUGAUGGUCUUUGCUUUUGUGGGUCGGUGUGUGGUGUUGUGGUGGUGGUGGUGACGAGGAGGGAAAUGUGAUUUGGUUUGAAAUAUGGUAUAUGUAUAGAAGGCCUUAAAGAAAUCAAAGAA